GGUUGUUAUGUAUAUAAUAUCCCGGUCCUAUAUUCGGAGGGAUUCAGUGCACAGUCGAAUUUCGUCCAGUGUCAUUUGAGGAAGGGUGCGUUCAGUUGGGUGCCUCUGAAAGCGCAGUGAGCGACAAACAAACCAGCCAGCGCGAUGAAGUGGCUGACCCUGGCCACAGCUUUGGCCACAAUAACCCACUACGUGACCCAUGUGAGUUCCCAGUGCUUCACCGACAACGACCGAUUCAACGUCGUCCUCCAGACGAACCUCUCAAACAUUGCGGACUUCGGCCUAGACCUCCUGAGGGAAUUCGACACUCUCAGUCCAGAGGGGAAUGUCAUCUUCUCUCCCUACAGCAUCUGGUCUGCCCUCUCUCUGGCCUACUUCGGCUCGGCAGGAAAGACCGAGAGCCAGCUCCGCGCGGCUCUCAGGAUGGAGAGCAAGAUCGGGGCUCUGAGGAUGCACAAGGCGCUAGAUCUCACAUACCAGCUCCGGAACCUGGUUGGGGUGAACUAUGUGUUCAAACUAGCCAACAAGAUCUAUGUGGACGAAAACCUCCCCUUCAGGAACUGCACCACCAACGUCCUGACAAACGAAAUCGAGCACAUCGACUUCAGAGACAAACAGAAGGCUGUCGACAAGAUCAACACCUUCGUCUCCGACACAACGGAGGGACGAAUCAGGGACCUGGUAGAUGCGGACGCCCUAACGGACGCACAACUGGUCCUCGUGAACGCCGCCUACUUCAAGGGCUCCUGGCUGCGCCCCUUCAAGCCCUCCAUGACCCACUCAGCCAUUUUCACGACUGACAAGUCGAAAGGGGAGCUGAAGAUGAUGCAUCUGAAGGAGAGGCUGAGAUACGUCGAGGACAAAGCCCAGGGCAUCCGUCUCCUGGAGCUGCCCUACGAUGAUCAGGUCGUGUCCAUGUUCCUGGUCCUGCCUUCGUCUGCAGGAGACCAGGCGUUCGAGGGCGUCCUCUCCAGGCUCAAAGGUCCUCUCCUGCAGAAGGCCAUGGCUGGGAUGUCCACCAAGCUCGUCAAUCUGACGCUGCCCAAGUUCACCAACGAGAUGACUCUGUCGAAGGAGUUGACAGCGAGCCUGAUAAACCUGGGCGUGAGUGACCUCUUCAACCGCACCACAGGCAACCUGACUCGCUUCGUCGAGGGGACGAGCAUGGGCGUGAGCGAGAGCAUCCACAGGGCCUUCAUCGAGGUGUCUGAAGAGGGCACAGAAGCAGCCGCAGCCACUGCCUUCGUGGUCAACACCCGCAUGGGACCUACACAGGCGAAGGAGGAGUAUGUCGAGUUCCACUGUGACAGGCCUUUCCUCUACUACCUAUACGACAACGACACCAACAACGUUCUCUUCUUGGGGACGUUCAGGUCGUCCAAGUACUCCCGCCACAGCUUCCCUGAGGAAACAAUGAAGUGGGCAUAUCCAGGAGUGGGCCCUCUUGCCCUUCUCCUCCUGCUGGGGAUCCUAUCCCUGGCAGGAGGCCAGUCAGAGCAGCUGAAAUGCCCCGCCACCCGCGUCAUCACUCUCUACCCGGACCUCUCCAAAGUCAUGGACUUCCAGGUGGACCUGUUCAAGAGGUUGGUGACCAGGACCUGGGCCGGGAAGAACUUCCUGAUGUCUCCCUUCAGUGUGUGGUCGGUCUUCACCUUGGCAUACUUCGGGACGAGCGGCCAGACGCAGGAGCAAAUGGAGGAGGUUCUCAGGGUGUCUGACAAGUCCUCAGCCUUCCACCUCUGGAGGGAGUUGGAUGCCAUGUUCCAUCCUGAAGAAAAGGAGUCCCUGUUUGAAUUCACUACGGUCAACAAAGCAUACUUCAACGAAGACUUACAGAUCAACCCAUUGGCAAUGGAUCUGCUGCAGAAUGAGAUGUCUGCAUUCAAUUCGAACAAUCCCAUGGGUGCCGUUCAGGAAAUCAACGGCUUUGUCUCUAACGUCACGCAAGGAAAAGUCAAGGAGAUAGUGACGGUGGGAGACAUGGGACUUGCCCAGAUGGUGCUCGUGAACGCGGCCUACUUCAACGGUAGAUGGACACAUGACUUUGACGCAGACGACACGGCUCCUGGGGCAUUCUUCAUCGAUUCUAUGGCCAACGUCACUGUCGACAUGAUGCACAAGACAGAUAGGUUCAGCUACGGGAGCUCAUCCAGCCUCGGUGCUCGAAUCCUGGGGGUCUACUACAAGGGGAACGACAUCGCCAUGUUCCUGGUCAUGCCAACGGAGGAACACGGACCUGUCGAAACACGCCUGGACACUCUGCUCCAGCACCUGAACGGCACCGUCCUCCGCUCGCUGAUGGCGAACAUGCGAGUGGAAGUGGUUGACUUGGAGAUGCCCAAGUUCAAAUUCGAGAUGGGAAUUCACGGAGAGAUGCGGCAGGCACUGGUAGACAUGGGCAUGACCCACCUCUUCAACAAGACGCUGGCUGAUAUGAGUGCUUUCACGACCUCUAGCCAACUGAGCGUAGACAAGGUCAUCCACAAGAACCACAUUGAGGUAAACGAGUAUGGCACGGAAGCAGCUGCUGUGACCGGAGCCAUCAAUCCCCUGAUUGCUCCAACUCCCGUGACCCCUGUCCCAUUCCACUGUAACCAACCCUUCCUCUAUCUCAUCUUUGACAAGAGGACAAAGAAUGUGCUGUUCGCGGGAACUUACAGAAACCCAGCCAAAUUCUAGACUGGGCAGAUAACGUAGUGACUCUUAAAACCCAUCUGACUUUGAGACUCGAAACACUUCCCGACAUAUUUAUUGCUUAUUGGAGCCUCUGCUUAAAGACUGUAAACUUUUACCAGUUUACAGCCCUGAAUUAUCCUAAAUGGAUCCAGCAAUGUAUUUCUCUAUAGCAUAAAAAUAUCUGCAACAAACUCUGGAAGAAUAUCCUACCAGUUUAAGUAAAUGGAUGCAUUAGGCAACUGCUGCAUGUCUUAGGAAUCAAGCCAAUUUUUUCAUUGUUUUUAGUGAGACAAAUGACCAAAUUUUUACACGCUGUUCCACCUUCAUAUCUUGUGUCAAAGAGUAAUUCACCGUAGGCCGCAAGAAGGAAUUUGCUUACUAUGCAAAAAACAGUUCAGGGAAACAUUUGGCAAUCCUACACUAGGUGAAAGGGGUGUGGCUUCUGUCUUAGCAUACAAUCCAUACAAAGGAUCGCCUCAUAUUUACAUCCUGUCCUGAAACACUUCAGGAAAGGACCCUGCUUGCUUUGCGAAGUGUGCUGAAACAAGCCGACAUUCAACAACCAACGAGUGACUCAGGACUUACGGCUGAUGGUUACUGAUAAGGCCGUCACCCUUGUUACUUCCGUUGAUAAUUGCGCUGCUUUCGUUCAAGAUACUGUUAAUAGCUGUUGAUACUUCUGUUAAAUUUGUUGUUGAUUCUGGUGCACCAAAUGUUUAGAUGGUUACUUAUCAAUGCUAGUAUAUUUAUUGUUAUUGUUGUUGCUGUUAAAUGUUAUUUUCACUAAGAUAAGAGGAAAUUUAUAAUAAAAAAAAUAAUUCUGAUCUUGUAAGACAA